AUGGCGACUAACGGCGCUAACGGAGUCAGUGACUCACGGCCAAUCUUCUUCUUUGAUAUUGACAAUUGUCUCUAUUCCAAAGCUUGCAACAUCCACGAUGAGAUGCAGACAUUGAUCAAUAAAUUUUUUGUCAAACAUCUCGACCUUACAUCGGAAGAUGCCCAUAUGCUACACCAGAAGUACUACAAGGAGUAUGGAUUAGCCAUUGAAGGCCUUACCCGCCACCAUAAGAUCGACCCACUUGCGUUCAACUACGAGGUCGAUGACGCUCUACCUCUUGACAAUAUCCUUAAGCCCGAUCCCAAGCUGCGCAAACUGUUGGAGAACCUAGACACAACAAAGGUGAAACCGUGGCUGCUCACGAACGCCUAUGUUAACCAUGCAAAGCGUGUGGUGAAGUUGCUCGGCAUUGAGGAUCUGUUCGAAGGUGUUACUUAUUGUGACUAUGGAACUCUACCCUUGGUCUGCAAGCCUAGUCAGGACAUGUACGUCAAAGCGGAGAAGGAAGCUGGUGCUCCCAGCACGGAUCAGUGCUAUUUUGUUGAUGAUUCCCACUUGAAUUGUGUACAUGCGCAUGCUCGGGGAUGGACUACCGUUCACCUCGUUGAACCAGGUAUCCCCAUCCCACAUAAGCCGGCUUCGAAGUACACGAUCUCCAGUCUUCAGGAACUUCCAGCACUUUUCCCCCACGUUUUUAAACAGUAA